AUGCCGUUAUCGUAUGGAGGGAGAGGAAGGUGAGUGCUAACAAUUACAAGGACGGCUGGGGAAAUUGUGGUCAAAUUUUUUUUUUUCCAUUUUGCAUGGUACUAACAGACGAUGAUUAAGAUCGUACUCGGCUGCCAAAUUCAAAAGGAGCCGUUUGAAACUGCAGGAAAGCACUUUUUAGAAUUUUUUUUCUUCCCUCGCUAUUUUAGCCAGUUUCACAUACUCGGUUGCAAUUUUGACCAUAACUACUCUACAAUGACUGGGCGAUUUCUCAAUUAUCUCCUCUAACGCCAGAGUUUUCAAAAAAAUUCUCCAGAAGUGGGCGUUCAAAGCUUUCAAACAAACAAACAGGCAAAAACAACCAUUAAAAAACCGAGACAAUUUUCCAUGUUCUACACUCUUAUAGCUUUCCAUUGUCUAUUCAAUAAACCAUUAAAAAAGACGUCAAAAUGUUCCACUUGACUUCUUGAGUCAUUUCUAGGGUCUAUAAAAAGUAGUCCAGAGAAAUUGUUCAAAUGCUAAAUAGAUGUACCCCGCGUGGUGGUGGAAAACAUUACACGGACGUACCAAACCACAGACAGUCAGUCUAUAAUCUGUUCAAAACAAACGCGGAAACAGCGGAGAAGUGUAUGCGAAAAUUAACUGCCUUUAAAUUCCUUUUUUCAGUGAUGCUUGUGACGGGUGGCCUAUGGAUCCGGAUUAUCGGGGUUUUAGAGCAUCUAAUCCUCUUAAGGUCAGCGACCUGUCAGGAAUUAGUCACGACAGGCGGACCAGCAGACCUGGAACGGAGAAUUCUCUAAGUUCGAGAAGCAGCGAAUUUCUGGUCGCAUUGGAGGAGUUUUCCGCCAUGAAAAUAAGCAAAAUGGAAGCACAAGAAAAGGAAACGAAAAACUGUGCUGAAGAUGAAACUGUUGAAAAAUUGGUUCAAAGAAGACCGAGUUUAAGCGAACUUGCUCCCGUAGAUCUGGCAAUGGGAGUAUCCACGCCUGCGCAUAGAGGACGUCGCAAAUCUUUGCCAUCACUCGGACUUGUUGCAGUGGAUAUUCAAUACAGCAUUCCCUCUAAGAAGAAUUCCAGAUCGUAUGGCUGCCCUGAGAAUUUCGGGUGUGAUACAGCGGAGAGCAAGUUAUACAGAAUUAAUGAAAUUUUUAAGACUGAAUCGAAUCCCGUUCACUCUAAAAGGAAGGUGACUAAAUCGCUUUACCCUCUUUGUGUCGGAGGUAGCUCAAAUGUGUUACCAAGAAGGCGGUUUUCAGUGGGAGCUCAGGGUAUCAAAGCUCCAAACUCUAAUAUUGCCUUUAGCACGAAGCAAAGAAGAGCUUCUUGCUCGACGUGUAACGAAAAAGACUCUACAAAGUGGCGCGUAUCUAUUCAUCAAAGGUCUCUAAAUAUUGACGACGACGACUGUGACGGUUACCUUUAUAACCCUUUUCUCCAUCGGACUUUAAGAAAUCGACGAACCAGUCUACCCAAUAUCAAUUCAAAUUUCGCUGGACAGACUGGUAGAAGUACUAUCUUACCGAAAGUUGGCCAACGAAAUUCACUCGUGGCAAAGAAACUAGACGAACUGUGA